AUGACCGGAAUGGAUACAAUCGAAGAGAAUGAGAAGAAACAUAAACGUGAAAUUGAUCUGUGCAAAGUAGCUGAUGUUGUUGUCGCAGUUGGAUCACGGCUACAACAGAAAUACAGCAAUUGUCUUCCACAUGUUAAGGUGGAGAUCAUCACUCCUGGGAUUUUUGAAAAGUUUUCAAAUGAGUCAUCACAGCUGGUCAAAGACAGAUUACAUGUGGUAAAGAAGAAGUUCAAUGUCUUUAUGUUUGGACGGGCUAGCUUUGAAGAUCUUACCCUCAAAGGUUAUGACAUUGUUGCAGAUGCCAUAGGAUCCCUUGGCAAAAUGUUUGAGCUGACAUUUGUUGGCUCAUCUCCUGGUGAACACACAAAAAUAAGACAAUGGUUUCUUGACAACACAAGCAUAAGCCUUAACCAAAUAACAGUCCGUGGUUAUUGCACUGAGCAAGAUGAACUUAAGAUGAUGUACUAUGCAUCAGACAUCAUUGUCCUCCCUUCACGCACUGAAUGGUUUGGGUUGGUUGCCCUGGAAGCAAUUUCUGCUAGUAUUCCUGUUCUUGUUGCUGGUGAAACUGGAAUAGCUGAAGCUUUACUUGAAGUAGAAGGUGGAAAGUCUGUCAUCAUUGAAUCAGAUGACCCUGAAGAGUGGGCUCAAAGGAUCCAACAACUGUCCAGGCAAAGUCCAGAAGAGAGAGAAAACAAUGCCAAGCUACUCAGAGACAACUACAGUAAAACUUACCCCUGGAGCAAUGAAUGUCAGAGAUUCAACAGGAUGAUCCAGGGUUUAGUAGAAAGCUUAAAUGGUAUGUUUACUUACUUAAAGCCUCCCAGUUCCACCAUGAUCAUGACUAAAAUACCACACAAGUACAUACAAGUAACAUAUGAGUAUAUAAGAGUACAUACGAGUAUAUACAAGUACAUACGAGUACAUAGGAGUGCAUACAAGUAA